GGUUGUCUAUUUAAGAGGAGCGGGGAGUCUGCCAUUUUUGUCGCUUUAAAACCUCGAAGCUCUUACUUGUUUUGCAAACCAACUGAGAAGAAGAAGAAAUGGGUGUUUUGGAUCAUUUGUCUGACUAUUUUGAUUGUUCUUCCCACAGCUCUAAGCACAAGAAACGCAAGCAAUUGCAGACGGUGGAGCUGAAGAUUCGGAUCGACUGCGAAGGGUGUGAGAGGAAGGUGAGGAGAGCAUUGGAAGGGAUGAAGGGAGUGAAGCAGGUGGACGUGGACCGCAAGGCCAACAAAGCCACCGUUGUCGGAUACGUCGAGCCAUCCAAAGUGGUGGCGCGUGUCGCUCAUCGGACUGGUAAGAAGGCGGAGCUAUGGCCCUACGUGCCCUACGACGUCGUGGCACAUCCUUACGCGCCGGGAGUGUAUGACAAGAAGGCGCCGGCAGGGUACGUGCGGAAAGCUGACGAUCCCAACGUGUACCAGCUGGCACGUGCGAGCUCCACAGAGGUUCGCUAUACGACAGCGUUUAGUGACGAAAAUCCCGCGGCUUGCGCUGUCAUGUAAUGGUCGCCUACUUUUGUAAAUAAGCAGAAUAAUUUGUCGAUUUUGCUUUUAUUUUUUGUGGCUUUUAAUUUUAAUUUAUUUCUUUAGACUAAA